AUGGGCUCGCGACUGGAGGCAAAUUCAUCUGCCGUACGCAAGAGAAUAGAGAAGCACAAGUUCGAGGAUGAAGGGGGAGAAGAGUAUGAAUCAUCCAAAUUUGGCGGCUUCAACGAUUACUUUCGGAGGAAGAAGAUCAAGCUCCAAAAUCUCGAUGUAAAUUUGAGGUCGUCCUCGGCCAACAACCCUCCCGUAUUCCGCGGUGUCGUUGCCCACGUCAGUGGCUAUACGCAGCCAUCGCUCAACGACAUACACAAAUUGAUUGUUACAUACGGUGGAGGGUUCAUGCAAUACCUCGAUGGCAAGACCACGGUUACCCAUAUCAUUGCCAGCACCCUUACGCCAAAGAAGAAGAUCGAAUUUCAGAAAUACCGCAUCGUCAAGCCAGCGUGGGUCACGGAUAGUAUCGAAGCUGGCAAACUACUUCCGUGGGAUGCCUACAGGGUUGUAGAUGAAGGGGUUGGGCAGCGUGUGCUGGGCUUUGACAACGGGAAUGUCAUAAGUCAAGUCAACAAUCUGGAAAGGGGAUACAAAGAUCAAACAGAGACGAGCUGGUACACUGGACAAGUGCGGGAUGUGGCAAAUGAGCUCGACUCACGUGGACCAGAACGUCAUUACCCCAGCAGCCAAUCACCUUUGGAUGCCAGGAAUACAUAUGGGGAGAGGCGGAACGCUGGAUACGUUAGGGCAGAUCCGGCCGACGAUAUUCUAGACGAUGGUGUUCCUUCCUCCGACUCUCCCGAAGGCGUCGAGGGCGAAGAACUAGACCCCAGCAAUUUCCCAGCCGCGGAUCAAACUUUCACUGAAUCGCAAGACAACAACGCUCGCGAGCUGGCUUCUGAAGGGUCGGCCAAAAAUAGCCGUGGCGCGCCUCCUGAGUCCUCGCUCGAUGGGCCAACGACUCCAGAAAGAUUGUCAUUGAAAGCUGACAACGAUAUGUCCACUGGAGUUGUAUCACCACGUACAGAAGCUAAGAUGUUUGCUGUGGAGAACUUCAGCUCCAAAGAUUUCGCGCCGGACGAAGACAACGUACCCGAAACCAACUCAUACCGGCGGUCUGCUUCCCAGGAAUUCACCUUCGAGGAAACUCUGCACACCCUCGAGCCUGCUACUGAGGAAUACGCUGCUCCUAAUGAGCCAGAUUUCGAAGCCUCUCCUCCUCAGAAGCCCAGCGCUGACAAUGGUACCACACCUACGAAGCCUACCGCCGAGGAACACAACGCCCAGCUAUUGGCUGACCCAAGAGUAUGGAAGUCCACCGUUGUAAAUCCGGGAUUCCUGAAACAGUACUAUGAAGAGUCUAGGUUGCAUCACCUGUCGGCUUGGAAGGCUGAACUGAAGUCACAGAUGCAAAAGAUGGCUGCCGAGAAAACAUCGUCUCAGAGAUCGCGCGAAAAGCGUGUGCCAGGUGCAAGGCGAUACAUCCUUCAUGUGGAUUUUGACAGCUUUUUCGCCGCAGUGUCAUUGAAGCAAUUUCCCCAAUAUGUUGACAGACCUGUUGUGAUAGCCCACGGCGGUGGUUCAGGCUCUGAGAUCGCCAGCUGCAAUUACCCGGCACGAAAAUUUGGUGUCAAGAACGGUAUGUGGAUGAAACAUGCCCAGAAGAUGUGCCCAGAUCUCAAGGUUCUACCGUACGACUUCCCGGCUUAUGAAGACGCCAGCCGGAACUUUUAUGCCGCUGUCAUGGAUACUGGUGGAGUUGUGCAAAGCGUGAGUGUAGAUGAAGCUCUGGUAGAUGUCAGUGCCCGGUGUAUAGCAGCCGGCGGUCAUGAGGGUAAGGGUAUUCACGAAGGGAGCAUCUGGCGUGAGCAGGCCGAAGCCGACGAGAUCGCAACCAAACUGCGGGAGGAGAUCAAAGAAAGGACAGGUUGCGCAGUCUCUGUCGGUAUCGGAGGUAACAUCUUGCUGGCGAAAGUCGCUCUGCGGAAAGCCAAACCCGCAGGUCAAUAUCAGAUAAAGCCCGAAGAGGUCUUGGACUUCUUAGGCGGCCUCACAGUACAAGAAUUACCCGGAGUUGCUUAUAGCAUCGGUGGUAAAUUAGAAGAGAUCGGUGUCAGGUUUGUGAAGGAUGUACGAGAGCUCUCAAAAGAGAAGAUGGUUACCACCCUGGGACCUAAAACGGGCGAGAAGAUUUGGGACUACGCUCGCGGCAUUGAUCGAACCGAGGUUGGAGAUCAAGUAAUCCGCAAGUCGGUCUCAGCAGAGGUCAAUUGGGGCAUACGCUUUGUCACUCAAGAGCAGGCGGAUGAAUUCGUCCACAGCCUAUGCGAAGAGCUACACAAACGCUUGCUGAACGAAGGACUCAAAGGACGGCAGCUAACGAUGAAGAUCAUGAGGCGUGCAGCCGAUGCUCCUUUGGAUCCACCUAAGCAUCUCGGACACGGCAAAUGUGAUACAUUCAACAAGAGUCUGAUACUUGGCGUCGCUACGAAUGACAAGGAUAUAAUUGGCCGAGAAGCCAUCUCUAUCAUGCGUGGCUUUGGUUUCUCACCAGGAGAACUGCGAGGCAUUGGCAUCCAGAUGCAAAGACUGGAACAGCUCAAAGGCGACAAUCCACAAGAUAGUAGCCAGAGACGGCUUCAAUUCAAGGCAUCAAACACUCCGAAGCGUCCGCUACCUAAAGACAAUUUCAUUGUGGAUGAUAUAGAUAGCCCCCAAAAGCCCAAGGUACAACCUCCAGCACACCCCGCUGCUACAUUUGCAAAGGAGACGUCCCCGACCCCAAACGGCAAGCCCCGCAUGCCUCUGAACACCUUAGGGACUCAAUUCGUACUUCCCACGCAGGUGGACCCAGUGGUACUCGCCGAACUCCCUUCAGACAUUCGAUCGAAGCUACUAGGCAAGCAGACUGCUCCGAAACCAAACCAGUCUCGGGACGCGACACCUGCACUCAGAUCUCGCUCAGGCACUCCCACUCUCCCCCCGGACGCUCUUCCCUCCCAGUCCCAACUCGACCCUGAAACCUUAGACGCACUCCCUGACGAUGUCCGCGCCGAGAUCCUAGCUUUCCACCAUAAAUCCCCACACAAGGCCUUGGCCAAAGCAGCUCAAGCUGUACUACCACAGUCACCACGUAAGAAUCGUACAACGAAACUUCCCAAAAAGCUCACCACACCCACCAAAAAGCGUGCGGGCUUGUUCUCGCGCGGCGCCAACAAAGCAUCUUCUGCCUUCUCAACGCUCACCCAAUCCAACUUUGUCGCCAAUGCUCGCCCUGGGGCUUCGUCCGCCAAAGUAGGUGGCGCAGAGCUAUCAGCAGAUAUCCCAGACGACUUCCUCUCCGCCCUUCCCGACGACAUCCGCCGCGAAGUCCUCGCGCAAGCCCGCCGUGACAGCUUGCAGAAGAAACGUGGCAUCGAGUUUACUUCUAACAAAAAGAAGCGACCCCUUAACGCUAAAGGCCACCAACCUACCGGCCAACGCACCCUCACUCUCCCGCCCUGUCCGCCAAAACCGACCUUCACAGCUCAGAAGUUUACUCGGCUGCCCGAGCUACGCGAAGCGAUUAGUUCCUGGUUCGAAGAGUUCAGAGAUGAGGGGCCGUACGCUGAGGAUGUUGAUGCAUUGAUUAAGUAUCUAGAGAAAGUGAUCGGGGAGGAAGGGGAUAUGGAAAAAGCGGUCAGUGUGGGGAGGUGGUUGGGGUGGAUCGUUGAUGAGGGUGUGGGCGAUGGUAGUGGGAAGGUGGAAGGGGACAAGGUUUGGAAAGAAGCUGUGAGGAGGGUGCAGGAGGGGGUUCAGUCGGCUGUGGAGGAGAGGGGCCUCGGAAGGGUGGAAUUUUGA